UUAAAAUCAGAGUCAAAAACUUAAUGGUCCUCUAAUUAUUCUAUUUUGCGAUGAUGAUGCAACAAUAUAAACUUAUAAAUUCUAGAAACAUAUUUCUUUACUAGCUGGACUUAUCAUAAAACAACAAACAUGUCAUUACACACAACUAACUUAGAUGGUAUUUUGCCAUUGAUAGCCAGAGGUAAGGUUAGAGAUAUCUAUCAAGUCGAUGAAAAUACCUUACUUUUUGUCGCUACUGAUAGAAUAUCAGCUUAUGAUGUUAUUAUGGAAAAUGGUGUACCAUCUAAAGGUAAAAUUUUAACUAAAUUAUCUGAAUUCUGGUUUGAAUUCUUAUCUAGUUCCAUUCCAAACCAUUUAAUAUUAUCUGAAAGUAAUGAUGAAAAUUUAUUUGCUAAAUUACCAAAGGAAUUAUCAGAACCAAAAUAUAAAUCUCAAUUAUCAGGAAGAUCAUUAUUAGUUAGAAAAUUAAAAUUAAUACCACUUGAAGUUAUUGUUAGAGGUUAUAUCACAGGAUCGGCUUGGAAAGAAUACAAAAAAAGUGGAACUGUUCAUGGUUUGAAAGUUGAAGAAGGAUUAAAGGAAUCACAAGAAUUUGCUACCCCAAUUUUCACUCCAUCUACUAAAGCUGAACAAGGUGAACAUGAUGAAAAUAUAUCACCUGAACAAGCUGCAGAAAUUGUUGGUAAAGAAUUAUGUGAUAAAUUAGCUGUUAAAGCAGUAGAACUUUAUUCAAAAGCUAAAGAAUUUGCUAAAACUAAGGGAAUUAUUAUUGCUGAUACCAAAUUUGAAUUUGGUUUAGAUGAAAAAGACAAUUUAGUUCUUGUUGAUGAAGUAUUGACUCCUGAUUCAUCCAGAUUCUGGAGUGCUUCUAAGUAUGAAUUAGGUGCAUCACAAGAUUCAUAUGACAAACAAUAUUUAAGAGAUUGGUUAACUUCAAAGGGUUAUGCUGGUAAGGAUGGUAUAUCGAUGGAUGAAGAAAUUGUGAUUGAAACCAAAAAGAAAUAUGUUGAAGCUUAUGAAGAAAUUACAGGUGCUAAAUGGAGCGAUUAAAUAUAAAGUCCUA